AAAAUUGUGAAGAAAAAAAAAAGAAAAAUAUUUUCAAGAUUUCAAAGUGAAAACAAAUUAAAGGAAAAAAAGAAAAAAAUAAAAUAAAAAUCAGCAGUGCUUCACUCAAUAUUUUUUUGGUGUGAAUAUUUUAAAAGUGUAGGAAGAAGAAAAAAAUCUUACUAAGACCGGCUCAAAUGUUUACAAUAAUCAUCAGAAAGUUUAAAAAAUCAAGUUAAACAUUCAAAGUAAUAAAGACGAACAAGUUGUAAAAAAAAGAACUAAGAAAAUAUAUCAAAAUACUCAAUGAUUUUAAUCAAGUGCAAUUUUUUUCGAUAGACACUAAUUGAUAAAUUUGUGAAGAAAAAUAUUUACAUUUGGAAAGAAUUAAAUUCAUAUCCUCUGGAGAAAACAAACCAGAUCUGGAAUUUCCAUAAUUUUAAAUAAACAAAUUGCAUUUUUGCUCUCCUGUGAAACUCAAAACAGAUACAAAAAAUGAAAACAGAAGAGAAAAGCAACGUACCUAAAGUACGCAUAGCAGUGCUGGGACAAAUGAAUGUUGGAAAAUCGGCAUUGACCGUCCGAUAUUUAACUCGACGCUACAUUGGCGAGUAUCGUUCAAAUACCGAUUUACUUUACAAGCAAACUGUGACACUCGAAAGUGGUCUCCUAGAUGUUGAAAUAAUUGAUGUCUCUGUCGAUGAUGACGAUGGCUUUCCAAUCGAGCAAAUACAAUGGGCAGAUGCUUGUGUUAUUGUUUAUAGCAUCGUUGAUAGACUGAGCUUUGAAUAUGCAACACGGUCACUUGGUGAGCUUCGACAAUUACAGAAUGGACCAGCCGUAUAUCUCGUAGCAAAUAAAGCAGACUUGGAUCAUUUAAGAGAGAUCCCAGAAACAGAAGGUGCAUCACUAGCAGCCUCACAUGGUGUUGGUUUCUGCGAAGUAUCAGUUGCAGAAAAUUCACCAAAUCUCUAUAAAGUUUUUGAAAAAUUACUGAUAGAAUCUAGAGCACGGCCUGUUAAACCUCGCAAAUUCUCAGUUAGCAAAAUGAUAGGAACGCUAAUUGGAAAUAAUGGUACAAGACAGCCUUUAGUAAAUCAAGGAACCGUUCAAGUGUGCAAUAAAGGUGAAUUGCAAAAUAAAAAUCGUCUUUUGAAGCGUCGCCAGGCAUUUACAACAGCUGCUUCACUAUGACCGAGUGCAUGUGUAAAUGAAUGUUCUGAUAAUGCAAAUUAAAUUAGUUAAACUUAAUUGUAUUAAGCUUAUUUAUUAUGAAGCUAUUAUGCUAGUUUGUAAGUCAAACAAGAAACAUUAGGUAAAAAAAAAUUUUUUGCAUGAAAAUUUUUAUAAAAUUUGAGACGAAAAACUUUUGAAAGCAAACCUUUUUAGAAAUUUAAGGAUUAAUUGAGCAUAUGAAUAAUAUCGUUUUAGAUAGCUAUUCAUUAAUUUUAAUUGAGUAGAUUUCGC